CCCUCUAUACUUCCCUAUAUUCUUCAUCACUCUUUCACUCUUGAGAGCCUCAUUCUCUGCAACCCCGCCAAGAUGAUCACCCCGGAGGACUUCUACACCGUGAUGUGCGCCAUGGUCCCUCUCUACGUCGCCAUGCUCCUCGCCUACGCCUCCGUGAAAUGGUGGAAGAUCUUCACCCCCGAGCAGUGCUCCGGCAUCAACCGGUUCGUCGCCGUCUUCGCCGUCCCGGUCCUCUCCUUCCACUUCAUCUCCCACAACAACCCAUACCAGAUGGAAACCCGCUUCAUUCUCGCCGACACUCUUUCUAAGCUCCUCGUCCUCGUCCUCCUCUCCCUCUGGGCCUGCCUCUUCCCCUCCUCCCCCGGCCGCAGCCGCCUCGACUGGCUCAUCACCCUCUUCUCCGUUUCCACCCUCCCUAACACCCUCGUCAUGGGCAUCCCCCUCCUACGUGCCAUGUAUGGAGACUUCACCCAAAGCUUAAUGGUGCAGCUGGUCGUCCUGCAGUGCAUCAUUUGGUACACUUUGCUGCUCUUCCUGUUCGAGUAUCGCGCGGCAACUCUGUUGAUCCAAGAACGGUUUCCUGGGCCGGGAGCUGCCGCCAUAGCCAAGUUCGAGGUCGACGGCGAUGUCAUCUCGUUGGACGGGCGAGACCCGAUCCACGCCGAGUCGGAGAUCGAUGCGGAUGGGAGGGUUCGUGUCCGGAUCCGGCGGUCCGUGUCAUCGGCGCCGGAAUCCGGUUUGUCGUCGUCUGUCGGGUUCACGCCGGCGCGCCUGUCGAACAUAUCGGGUGCCGAGAUAUACUCGCUGAACACUCCGGGCCGGCAUCCGAUGGAGCAAUUCACCAUCGCCGAUGUCACGUUUGGGUACCGCUCGGCGAGCCCACGGCUUUCGGGGUAUGCGUCGUCGGAUGCGUACUCAUUGCAGCCGACGCCGAGGGAGUCGAAUUUUAAUGAGAUGGAGAUAGGGACUCCGGUGUGGUUGAGGUCGCCGGCGGCGACCGGAGGGAGGGUGGCCCGGCAGCAGUCGCCGGCGGUGGCCGGAGGUGUCAAGGUGGUGCGCGGCUGUCAUGAAGGUGGCGGUGGCGGUGGGGAGGGACAAGGAGGCAAGGAUAUUGGAGGGGAGAAAGAGAUCAGCUUUAGAAGCACUUCAAAGUUUGAAGUACGAGAAGAUGAUGAAGAGAAAAAUGGAGGAGAAAAUCAGGAGAUGCCUCAUGCUAUAGUCAUGUUAAAGCUCAUCUUGACUAUGGUUGGCCGGAAGCUUUCUCGCAAUCCCAACACAUACUCGAGCAUUCUAGGCCUACUUUGGUCUCUAAUUUCAUUCAAAUGGGAGGUCAGCCAGCCAAGUUUGGUCAAGAACUCGAUAAAAAUUAUUUCAGAUGCAGGGCUUGGCAUGGCCAUGUUUAGCCUAGGUUUGUUCAUGGCUCUUCAGCCAAGGAUAAUUGCAUGUGGUGCAAAGAUGGCAACCCUAAGCAUGGCUAUUCGAUUUCUCAGCGGUCCUAUGAUAAUGUCAGCUGCAUCCAUGGCAGUUGGGUUGAGAGGAGUUCGACUUCACACUGCUAUUGUACAGGCGGCUCUUCCUCAAGGUAUUGUACCAUUCGUCUUUGCUAGAGAAUACGGGCUACAUCCAGACAUACUUAGCACCGGGGUAAUCUUUGGCAUGCUUGUCUCCUUGCCCGUAACCCUUCUAUACUACAUACUCUUGGGCCUAUGAAGGGAGGUUCCCGUGGCCAAAUAAAGCCAAGGGGAAACAUCCAAAGGAAGAUGGAACAUUUGAUAACGACCUCAAUAUCAUGUUGGUUCCCAUCCUUCUGAGAUUCUAGGGGCCGAGAAGCUCAUUUAAGUAGGGGUUUUACAAUUGGAGCUCAUAGUUCCAGCUCUAAGAGGAGCCAUCAUCCCUUAAAUGGUGGAUCAUCUGAGAGAUUUGAGCUGGUUGAAGGCCAAAGAGCAGUGGUAAAGGUUCACCACCCUACAAUGGCUAGUGGUGGCCGAAAGAGAAUGAAUUAUGAAUUAUCAUGGCCCAUGAUAAGGGUAGUAGAAAUAAAUAUUAUCUUGUUGUGGAGUGGUGAGGUGUUUUGACCAUGAACUUCAUAAUUUCAUCAAGCCUCCCUAAUAUUUUACUUUCA